UGCGGUACAAAAUUUGCUUAAUCAAAACGUUGUUACUGUUGCUACUAAGCGUGGACCAUACCACGCUGGCAGCAACUCAUCACCCAUCGGUGACGCUCAACCUUGAUGACGGCUCACCAUUAUCAAGGCUCUGAGGUUAACGGCAUUCUGGGUAUGAUGACCACAAUCCUGGUGUUUGGUUUACGGUCCUUAGUAGUAAACACUGCUUGUCUAGAUGGUGACUGCUCCUAAAUCUACAAAAUCUCACUUUCCAAUUCGUGCUCCUCUGCUCAGUUUUGCUUCAAGUUCCUCUUCAUUCGUUAAAGUUACUCAUCUCCACAUCCAUUAUUAGCACGUUUUUCAGCGCAAACAAAACCCGUUUUCCAUUAAUAAUUGAAAUAAAACUUUCCUUCAGAUUUGUUUUGAAAUACUUUUUUUCCACAUGAUAAACAUCAGAGAGUCAUAUUGAUUUCUCAGGACCUACCGCUGUGAUGUUGCAGCUGUGAUCUUAACGCCCCGCUUUUUGGCUUUCCUGAUAUUUUUAUGUCGCUCGCAGAUGUCAUGAACUCACUUGUGGAGCCUGCUGGUUCCUCAAGGCAGACCAAAACCACUUAUUUUUUACUACUUACAAUGCUUUAUAUGUUACUAUGUCCUGAAUUGUCAGCCAAAUAUCAACCUUUUCACGGGGCACUUAGAUUGAAAUAUGGCAACAAAAUGGUACUUUUCCUGCAUGUUUUCUUUCACGACAUUGUUCGCCAUGGCUGAGAAAAAUGUGCUGAUUCUUCAGCUUGCCAAGCAAAAAAUCUGUACGAUACACAUUAAAAUAUGAAUAACAGUGUCAAUCAUCCACAUCAUUAACGAAAUGUUGCAAAAUCAAUUUUCUUCUCCACAACGGUCAUCAAAUAUAAGUAAUGGUGCAUUUAAUUGUGGUGUGGACACUUCAGUUUCAUGCCUUGAGCUGAAGGUUUUUGUUUGCAAAGAUCCAGUUCACGUGGUGUUGCGUACUUCAAAAUCGUUUUUCAAACUACUUUCGAUAUGUUGCUGCGCUAAAUGUUGGCACAGAAUAUCAACUCAAAUUUCCUCGCCCCAGGUGGAAUUUACAAAUCUAACUUGUCGAAAUUCUCGCUCCACUUGAAAUGCUACCCAGUGCUUUUUUCCAUCAUACUACGCUAUCCCAGUCAUCGCUGUCCAUUCUGGUUCUUCAUAAUACCCUGCAUAUUGGGCUCCGCAGGAUAAAUCAUCGCCAUGCCCGCCGGUGCUUUUUAAUAACG